GAGGGGGACAGAGGGGGGCGGGGGGCGGGACGCGAUGGGACGGGGGACGGGCACGACCACCCUUUCAGGUGGACAGGACAAAUGCUAGGAGGCAUGGGGGGAAUGAAAUGAGGUAGAUGAAGGAAGGGCAGCCCCCUCUAUUUGAAGAGAAUGCAAAAGGCCAUCCAGCCUUAAACCCCUGAGAUUAGAGGCAAUAUUUACUAAAGGCCGGUAGAUGCUCCUUUAACUUGAUGGCCGGGAUGUGCUUCAAAGUCCCGAGUCCUGAAGUGCACAGGUUACCCCCUCUCCUGCUCCUCUCUUCACAGUUGUUACCGCGCAGGUACCUCCAGGCCCUGCCGCGGCGCCCACGUCCCAUCGCCCUCGGGGCAGGGAUCGGAUUAGCUCCGGGCUGCGAGCAGGGGGCUCGGCUCCGCGCUCCCCAAAGCCCUUCCAGCCCUCCUCCACCCUACCCACUCUUCCCUCGGGCUAAACUAGCCCUUCAGACGGGGUGCCGUCCUAUGUAGGUGGUGAUAAUGAUAUUGCUUUUUCGGGUGCCUUAUGCUCAGAAACCAUGUGAGUCACGGUGCUGAGACAUAAUACUACAGGUUCCCAAUAAACACGGACGGAGGCCUGAAUGCGGAUCCACUGAUAUUAACCUCCACUUGGCAAACACCAGAAUUAAGUCAAAUCCUUGAAACAAACAAAACUCUGGAAUCAGCAGAGGAAAACAACAUAUGAAAAUAUGUCUUGAAGGAAAUAAAAUAUAUAGAAGCACUGGAUUAAACCCCUGCUUUCUCAAAUGGUCAAACUACACUCACGGAAAUUGGGACAAGCCCCAGUGGAAUAUCUAAGAAAUAUUAAAAUUGCGGUCUUCAUGCAUGCACCUUCCCUUUUUUCCUAAUGGAAGAGGUGUACAUGUCUGAAAACAGAGACCCUUACGGCGGUGGGUUGCUCAUUUCAGCAUUUGAGGUGUGUGGAGCGUGGUUCCCCCCUAGCAGCACGUACGCGGGGAUGCUGGCAGGAGCGCAGCUGCCGCAGCGACCCCGCUGUCCGCCCCCCCGCCGGGUGACCUCGGGGCGGUGCUGCCUGGCUCUCCAGAGCCCAGCCCCGCGGGAGCAACACCCGAUGGGACGCCGGGCAGCCCACGCUGGGUCACUCUGUACCUGGAAAAAAGGGCAGGCACAAAGCCGGCCACGCUCAUCGGAUGCUGCUACAGACCAUGGAGGCGUUUCACCGGGCGGAGCAACCGCGGAGCCGGCAAAGCCGCUCUCGGGGCCGGCCCCCCGGCUGGGAUGCCCUCUGCCCGGGAGCGGAGCCGGGGGUUGUGCAAAGCCUCAGCGCCUCCUGUUGUCCAGCUGCGGGCUCAGCUCCCUCCUGAGGUUGCUCCCAGAGGGCGAGCUGUUAGUGCAACCUGAAGAAAGUGCAGGCUGAGGUGAGCACUGCUUUACCCGGAUAGAUGGGACCGGGGUCUCAGCUGUUGGCCCAUCUGCGCUCUGCCAAGGGUGCAGACAUAAAAACUGACCUAAAAAAUACGGAAAUAUGUGUGUGUGGAGCGGGGGCAGGACUUUCAGGGGAGACCGUGUUACCAGCGCUGCCGGGAAGAGCUGGGCCCCGCAAAGGUCCCUCAUCAAGGGUCUGGGUUUGGGAAAUCUCGUAGCUGUCCUCGCCCCGGGAAGCCUCCCCGCAGUGCCCACGGGGCCCGGAGCUCCAGCGCCGCCCGCAGGCUCUGCCCCACGCGUGGGCCGGGCGGCCGGUGCCGGCGGCGGGAGCUUUAAUUUUAACGUGGAGCGCUGUUUCAGCUCCUUCCGCUCUAAUUUCCCCCAGCAGCGUCUGUCUGCCCCUCGGUUUGACUUGCAGGGUUUUACUCGAUUUUACCCGAAAUACCAUCGUCUUUCGGACGAGAUUCUCUCGGCAGUGCUUGCGCGGGCCAGGCGUUUAGCUGGGGAAGGAGCUGCGAGGUUCUCUCCGCAUCGGUAUGUAUUCCCUGCUCUGUGCCCUACAGCCUUCUUUUGGCUCUCCCGCACCUGUGUCCUGCAGAGGCACCUCAACCCGGCUUUACAGAGUGGUCCAAGCCUGUGCAGCGGCUCGCCGAAAACACCGUGGGACCCCGUCAGCCUCCCCCACCUUCUCCCCACGAUGGGAAGUCUCUCUUCCGGUCUGUUUCCAGGCUGAAAUCCUUCCCCAUACAAGCGGGCAAACAGCAACCCUCUGGGAAGGUGCCUGUGCCCGGAGCCGGGUGCUUUGGACGGGGAGGGAUCCUGGGUCGGUGACCGCCGGUAGCGCUUCUGCUUCGGGGGGGAGCCCGCAGAGGAGGCGUCCGGUCGGGGGCUGUUUCCCCCCUCGCACAGGCACAGCAGCCCCAGUUCUGUGCUAUGUGGGUGAGCUCUCAUUCAGAAGAGCCUGUGGGGGUCCCCCAGACACACCCGGAUUUGCCCCCGUCGGGGCGGCCGCUCCGCGCCCCUGUCCCCGAGCUCACGGGCGAGAAGCGGCUCUUCCCCUCGGGCCAGGGCCCGGGCAGACGAGGGCAUUGCGUGGGGUCAGCAUUUGCUUCUGGGCUUCUGCUGUGUGAGAGUGAUUUUCCAUUCUUCGGCCGUGAGGAUCAGUGGCCCCCUUCCUCCGACCGGCCCUAGGUAGGGCAGCCGGUUUGCCCACAGCGCCUCUUCCAGCCCCGCAGCCGCGCUCUGGCUCCCUGGGCGGGCUGGACAUGCCCUCUCCAUCCUCGGAAGGAAGAACCGGGCAUCUCUGCCCGCGGGUUUCCAGCCCCCUCAGCCGGCUCCGGAGCUCCGGGCCCGGGCAGAGCCGCCCGGCUGCGGCGGCAGCGCGGCCCCGCCGAGCCCCGGCCCCGCCGCGCU